GUCCGAUGACAUCUCCUCACCAACCCCGUGCGCAUAGGAAGCCCAUCAGGCGCGCUCCCUCUCUCCCCUCUCGGUAAUCAAUCUAUCCUCUCCCCACAACACACAAACCGAAGCAGGGAGGAAGCUGUAUACGACAUUGAGAGAGAGAGAAAGAGCUCUAUCGGGAGCUGGUGAAGAAUAUUUAUGUCUUCUAUACAUUUUCUAUCUCUCUCCUAUCAUUCUCUUCGGGUCUGGGUCGAUAUUCCCGUCAGGGGAUCGUUUUGAGUUGAAGGCACUCAAAACCGAGAUGUAUCGACCUUACCUGGAUAUAAGAACGUGAGUGGAGCGCGAGAAGGAACCGGGAGUGAACCGGUGUGCCCCUUGCCUACCCUUUCUCUGCCCGCGUUCCAACCAAGACAUUACAGCGCGCUAAGGAGCCACUUGGACCAACCUUUGAAACUUUACCAAUUAUACCAAGUAGCCAUUCAAUUUGCAUAGUGGGCGACAUUGUCACUUACAGUUCAGAUAGGCUACUCUGGUGUUUACGGUAAUAACUCUCAAUGAAGAAAUCAAAGGACUCAAAUUGUUAAUGAUAUCAGAGGAAUUCCGUCCUCAUAAUCUCAUCGCUACGGCGGGAGAAGCACCUGCAUGGCGGUUUAGGCCUACAUCACCGGUAACGAGACUAGACAACCUAUGGUGAUUUUGAGUGACUUAGACAUACAUGGAUAUGCGAAAUUCAGUUCUGCGGCUUAAGGACAGGCGGCAUAUGGUCUGUUAGCGCGGUGGAUUUAGUGACAAAACAACACUGCCUCUCCAGAGCGCGUCCUCCCUGGGAGAGAGCGGACAGAGCAAACAAAGCCUGAGGAAUGCGGGCUCUGUUUCCCUGGAUCUCCAUCUCACCUGCGGGGACUACGCGGAACACACCAAAUUGAACGUUGACCGGGUGGACGGCCGAUGAUGCGAGCGGUCAUGUUGAGACAAAUCCUGCUGAAUUCAACCAAGGCACUAGACUUCGACCUAGGGAUGGCUCUCCAGACGCACGAGACCGUGUCCAUUAACGCAUCUCACGGAUCGGUGAACAUGGCGGCGCUGCUCAGGCCUACGGGCAGCAGGGGCGGGAUGCGGGAGGACGGGGAGCUGAACAAACCGGACCUGGCCACCUACUUGAUAAUCUGUCUGUUGCUGUUUCUGCUCGUGCUGCUCAUCGUUUUCUUCAUCAACUGUCAGCUGAGGAACUCUUUCUUCGCCUCCAUGCCCUACGAUCGGUCUCUCAGAGAGGCCCGGACCUCCUACAAGUAGAACCCGAUACCAACUCAGCUGGUAACGUCUGUAGGAUUAGGUAACGUGUGUUAUGAAUGUGUUCAUGGAGGGAUGUGUUAUAUUGACUAUGCAUAGUCCAGACGCUGUGCGUAACCGUUACGUGUUCAUUUGGCACAAUGAGAUAGAGACCUAUUACGCUCCCUGUUCCAAACUGGACUAAAUGUCAUUACGUGUAGGUCUAUAUAAUGGUGUAUGUUUUUUGUUUGUUUUUGUAUAUAAAACAUUUUAUAUUAUAGCACUGUAAUGCGCUCUUAUGUAGAUCUAUUGUGUAAUUCUGAGCUUAAAGUUUCAUUCUUUGUAUUGUGUAAAACUAUGAUUAAAUAUAUUAUAUUUGUCCAUCUAGUUCAAUAUGGGUAUAUGAAAAUCGUAGGGUGAUGAUGAUGAUGCGAUGACACGGAUUGAUAUAUGAAUAUCCAAGACAAGAGGUUCCAUGUAUGCAAUCCCUGUUUAUUACGCGCUUUCGUUUAUUUUUUAAUUAAGCCGACACUCACAAUUUACUAGUGUAAUUGCUCGCAGAACAAAUGGUUUACGCUGAUAUAAAUCGCCCAAGCCAAAUUGACUAUCUAUCCUUUUAUCCAGAGGCCUCGCUGUCUACGCCGACUCCACUCAAAUAUGUUGUUCCAAAAUACCUUUGAUGGAGAAUGAGAUACGUAUCUCCAUAUCCACUAGAUGCCAAGACAGUUUUGUCACCACAGAGCAGUAGCCUGUGUGUUUGGGGGGGGGCGUUUUACGAAUUCCUCAGCCAGCCUAGAUAAAGACAUUUUCAUGGAUUUGAGCACAUGGGUGGGAUUAUUAUUUGAUGGAAAUUGCUGUGAGUUUUGAAGUGAAAAUAACAGUCGACUACGCAUCAAUUGGAGGCCUGCCCUUCCUGGAUUUGGAUCUACGGAGUCGGCACAUUCUGAAGGAAAGAUAAAGACAUAUUGUGGAAAGAUAGACCACAGUUAAUACUGCCUAUACUCUAACGUAGCACCAUACUCAGUGGUGUAAAGUACUUAAGUAAAAAUACUUUAAAGUA